AUGGACUCCCUACCUUCACGGUACUCUCGGCCUUCGUUUCUCUCUCUUCCCCGGCCGAUACGACAGCGUAUUUAUCUUCAAGCUGGUUUGAGGGCCAACGGCAGCAUCAAUCUCAAUUAUCAAAGUAAAGGAGCAAGAUACAAGUGCCAAUACCAUUCGACAAAUCCCUUUGACAGCACGCACAGUCUUCUUUUGGUCUGCAGGCUGAUCUAUGCUGAAGCGUCAGCUCUUGUGUACUCCACAAACCGAUUUUUUAUUCGGUACAGAGACGCGAAAAGCCUUAACGCGCUCACCAAUCUAACGAAAACAUCCCUGGCGAGCCUGACUCAACUCGCAAUACAUCUCAACGCUGUAUCAUGCGAUUCGAAUGGGUAUAGCGUAGUAUGUUGCUCAGCAAAUGAGCGAGUUGGUUUCAUAUGCAAGUGUUCAAAGCAUGACAAACCUCUCGCAUUCUCUUCUCGAGCCAACAAUGCUGUGCUUGCUGAAUGGCAAAAUGCGGCUAGAUAUAUCACAGCUUAUAUCAAACCUCACACUCUCAAGCUGUCUUUUGUUUGUGAUGUUGUUAAUUUAGCUACUGGGAAGCUUGCUGUUCAGCCCCUCCGAAGCAUGUUACUCGCAGAAUGCAGCAUUAGGCUCAGUCGUUUCCAUCACCCGCUUCUCCAGGACUUGGCUGUUGAAAUAGCAACUCAAUCGAAAGGACUAAGGUGCCCUCCCAAAGACAACUCUCCAUUUCGGUUUUUGGAUCUACCACCAGAAUGUCGCCUUCGGAUUCUAGAAUACACAGAUCUCGUCACUCCUUUAAGAGAAGUGGAAUGGAACCCAAAAGACAACUUUUACCUCCGUUAUACCGUUUCGCCACGUGCAAGUAAAGAACGAUAUUCGGAUUUUGGCCCACCGCGUGGUCACUUUGGUUGCCAAUUUCGCAACUGCUGGCGAAUCGACCCCGCAGGAGAUGGCUGUUUCUGUAUGCGCCAUCAUACUGCUUUCUCGUCCAGAUGCCGCUGUUGGAUUCCACCUACACCUCUCUUCCUAGUGUGCCGUGUCUUGCGACAAGAAGCCCAAAUUGUGUUUUUUGAAAAGAACCACUUUGUCAUCUCGCCAGCAGCUGGAUGCAUACUUCCUGUCGAAAAUAGUCCUGAUCAUCUCGAGGCUUUAACGUUCUUUGAUGAGGUUAUACCAUCCACUGCUUUGCGCUCCUUGAAGAGUCUGGAAAUUUUAUUCCCGCCAUUUCAUGAAGACUAUCUUGAGCUCCACGAACCUGCGUAUCGACAGUGGCUGCAAGUCAUUAACCUUAUGUGUCAGCUCAAUCUACCUAUGCUGAGCCUCGCAGUCUUCAUGGGCGAUGGCUCUUGCAGCCGCUCGGGCGGCUCUUAUUUCCACAAAAUAAGUGAGCAAAAAGCCAGAAAGGUCUUCGAUAUGUACUCGCGGACAUUGGAACCACUGUCAAAGUUGAAACACAAUGGACUUCGGGCGUUCUUUCUAACACUUGCGUCUCCUUGGGUUGCAGAUGGGCUUGAAGAUUCGCUUAUGCCUUCCAUGGCCCCUGAUGCUUACCAACAACGAAUAGAUCGUGAGAUAUCAGAGUUCACUCAAAGGAUGGAGCGGGCUGUAAUGGGGCAAGAUUAUGAUAGCAGCACUAUCCAGGAGAGGUGGCACGGGCAGAGUCAAUGGUUGGAAGAUAGAAUUUUCCAUGGGGAUUCCUACUAA